GUCGUUAUACAAAAUCAUAUAAGAAAAAUAAGUAAGUUGGAUAACAAAUAUAAAAAAAAUGGAUAUUACAAGAUCACUCGGCGUAGCCACCGUCCUCAUAAUUAUCUACUCCAUUCAAAUCACAGCACAAAUGGAACAAACUGAGGAAGCAAUGCGAUGUGUAGAAAAACUAAUACCGUGUCAUCCGUACAUUAACACGGACUCUCCUCCGCCGCCAUGGUGUUGCUAUCCGGUGAAAGAGAUCGUCGAGAAAGACGUGACAUGUCUAUGCGGAUUCCUCAACCAUCCGGACAUGCUCGCACUCAUUAAUAUCACUCAAGAUGACGCUCUAAAUUUCAUUAGUUCAUGUGGAGCUAGUUAUGAUGAAUCACUUUGUAGCAAUAGCACUGUUUCUUCGCCUGAUACGUCGCCGGGAGCUACGACCACCGAGAGCUCUUCUGGCAGCACGACGAAAAAUGCAGCCCUAGCUAUGAGUUUCUUGGGAUUUAGCUUCCUUUGGCUUUGAGAUGAUUUUGAUUCUUCUUAAAACCAGAAAUGAAGUUUAUAUUUUCAGAUUUUUAUACGUCUCAAUUUCAAAUUACAAUCACGUUUGUGGCCGAAACACAUUAGUAUGUCCUCCGUAGUAUUGUGUUUUGUAUUAAUGUCAUUGUUGUCUCAUAAGCCAGAUUUAUGAUUAGAAAUGUGCGUGCUACGAGUAAUAAUUCUUUUUUUCAUAAUCUUAAAAUAAAAUAAAAAAGUCAAUGCUAAGAUGAUGAUUAAUCUCUUCUUAUAUUCUUAUAUUCCGUUAAAAAUCUCACCUUAAAAAACUAUAAUAAUCAUGCUCUAAGAUCAUGAUUAUCCCUAAUAAUCCCAGUUAAGAGACUAGAGUUAAUGAUGGUUUAAGAGCCGGUUAAUGAUGGUCUAAGAGUCCGUUCUUAGUCUAAAAGUGUUAAAAAAUAUCAAAUCAUGAAUUAAAAAAUAAAUGUCCCAAAUUAAAAACCUAGGUUAAUCAGGCUCUAAACACAGCUAAAUACUCUGUAUAUACCGUGUCCGAAUUACAUGCGUGUUCAUAUUGUGUGACCUUCACCACUUGCUUGGAUUCUCCACGCGCAUAAGCGCGUCCCCCCUCCACAACACUCUUUUCUUUUCCGCGUUGGUGGGGGUAAUUAGGCCUAGGGGUAAUGUAUGAUGUGUCUGUUGACAACAGAGUUUGAUUUUCAAUUUGUAGAAUUUGUUAUCAACCUCGUUCUAAUCUGUAUUUGUUUACAAUGUGGGAACAGUUGUCACGUGAACUAAUCUCAAAAUAAUAAUAAAAGACAGAUUAUAACAGAAGACAAAAGCUUGAUUAACCGAUAAAGUCAAUUCAAUAACCGAAAACAAAACCGGAAUCUCCGUCCCUUAACCGAACUAAUUUCAAAUACAGGAGGAAGGAAGUUAGUUGACC